AUGAUGUUAUGCUAUCGUGAUCGGUCAAUUCCAAAAGAUUUAAACCUUGUGCAGUUAUUCUAUAAUUCAUUAAAAAAGUUUGCCAAUAUGUACAAUGUUUACAUACAAUUGAUUUUAUCAGAGAUCAAUAUUGAACAAUUGAAAGAAAUGAUGAAAUUAUCUGUAAAAUGUAAACAUUUCAAAUCGAUAUCCAAUAAAUCAAUUAAUCAUCGUUAUAUUUUUAAUAUAUUACAAAAAUAUAUGGAUUGUUUUAAAGAUGCUUUCUAUUCUAAGCAUAAUUUCAAUAUAUUUUUAAAAUAUAUCCUUUUUAUAUAA